AUGCAUAUGAUGCGCAAUAUAUUCUCAAUUACUACACCUUUAUCAAAUUAUUUACAAAAUCCUUCCAUCGAUUUCAUUCAAGCAAUACAUUUAAUUAAAGUGACUCGACAACAAAUACAAGAUUUACGAGCAAUGAAAACUGAAUCUGUAUUUGAGAAUCUAUUUACAGAAACAAAAUUAUUUUGUGAAGCACAAGACUUAGAGGAACAUGAUUUAGCAGAGGUGCGUACAUCUCGCAAGAAAAAAAUGAGUGGAGAAAUAAGUAGUGACGAAAGAAUAACUUCAGCAAAUUACCGCUAUGUGUGUGAAGUUUAUAGAUGUUCAUUGGAUGUUAUUUUAUCUAAACUAGAUGAUAGAUUCAGUGGUUCUGAAAAUAUCUUCAAAGAAUUUUCAUUACUACUACCUGAACGCUUAGAGUUAAACAAAGACUCCCCAAAUAAAUUUGAUUACUUGGUAAACUGGUUGUCUGCAGAUAGAAUUAACAAAAAUGGUUUGAAUGUAGAAUAUGAAUUAUUUGCUUCUAAUUAUAAAAACUUUAUGAAUAGUGCUACAGCAAAUAACAUAACAAUGCAAUCUAAACAUUCCAAACAUACAAUUAAUACAAAUGAUUUAAGUGAUCAAAAUGAUACUGACAGUGAUGAUUCCGAAGAAACAAUACAUGUUACUGCCAUAUACUCUGCACUGUGUAAAAUGGGAAUGGUGUCAGCUUUUCCAAAUUUAUUCAUGGCUUAUAAAGGAAUUUGUACUCUGCCACCAACAUCAGCAACUGCAGAACGAUGUUUUUCCAAGCUUAAACUCAUUAAAACAAAAUUACGCUCUACUGUUGGAGAAAAUAGGUUGGAUAAUUUAAUGUUAAUUUCUUGUAACCCUGAUAUAGAAGUAUCAAUUGAAGAUGCUAUUAAUAAAUUUGCUUCAACUUCCAGUGUUUUGCAAAAAGCAUUAAUGUAUUGUUAA